AUGGAAUGCCCUUGCCCCUGCAAGUCUCUUAGUUACCCCACGCAAGUUCUCGACGGACUGCAGGACCUCACCUAUUUGGAGUUCUUUGCUGGUGAGGGAGAAGUGUUUCGUUGUAUCCGUGGUGAUCACCAUCCAUCUUGUGCAGUGGAUCUUGAAUACAUGGAGGGAAGGGGCCAUGCCAUGGAUGUGAAUUCCCCUUCUGGCUUGGCGACAUGCCUUCUCUACUUACUCAUACUGGCCAGAGGAGGGACAUUCUUCCUGGAGCAGCCCGCCUCCAGUUUGAUGCGCCACUACUUCAGGGUCUACCCACGUGCAUUUGCAGAACAAAUACGACGCCUUUUCCCCAAGCUGGUCGGGAACGGAGAAGGCAAGCCUCGGGUGCAGCCGGCUGAUGGGGCCCUGGCGUUCAGUAGAUACCCUUGGAGUGAUUGGCCAGAAGCCAGUCUCAUGGAAACAGUGAGAUACCUGCGGGGUUCUCGCAGCCUCAACCCACCACAGAAGUGGAAGAAUGUGUUCCCACGUAGUAUGUCAACAUUUCCCAGUAGGGCUUGGAGUUGUGGCACCCUGGCAGAGGGUGUAGAAGCUUGUGCCCAGAUGGCUGGGAUAAACUUGGAGCCCGGCCAGCUGCAGGAUGCAAUGAAGGCUCCCAUGGCCGUCAAGCGCGAGACACCUUCGCCAGGGAAGGCUGUUCGCACAGACACACAGGAAUUGACUGACCUUCGCCGAUCUUUGCCACCAUCUCGCACAGCCAGUCCGGCGAUGCCUUCCCAGGAUGCAGUGAUGAACAUGAUCAAUGAUGCUGUGUUGAAGCACCGGGAGACUGACCAGAACAUCAUCAGCACACUUCAGAACCAUAUCAGUGUGCUUGAGGGCAAGGUGCUUCAGAAUGCGAGGGCAGUCCCUGUAACCCAAGCGCCAGAGUUCACAAGUAUGAAAAAUCAAUUGGCAGAAGCCUUGAGUAAGGUUCAGGAACUACAGAAUGACAAUGCCAAGAGAGCAGAGAAAGAAAAGGAGUUGGAAGAGGCAUUGGCCAGAAAGCAGGACACCCAUAAGAAAGGACGUUGUGGGUUCCCAGAUGCCAUCCACCAUGACUAUGUGGAGGGCGGUGAGAAAAGGGAGAUUCUGGAGAUGAGUUUGCUCCAGUGUUUGGGUGACUUUGUGCGAAAGGUGACAGUGAUGAAGGAAAGGCUUUCCUCACGUGAGCAGGAGGAUGAGAAGGUGACCAAAGAUGAUGUGCAGCGGCUUCCCCCUGGACAUGUUGCCAUUCCAGAGGAGAAGCCCACUCCAGAGGUUCUGGGGGAGAAGCCGGUGCCCGAGCUGGAGAAGUACAUGGAUAGCAUUGUGGCAAAGCAAGGCAAGAUCACUACCAUGGUGGAUACCAUCAAUGAUAAAGUUCAAUCGUCAGCCAAGUCCCAAGAGUGCAAACCUCAGACCAAUUUUCCCAAUAAUAUAUACAAUGUUCAUUACAUACUUCUGAACUUCUAA